UGCUGGGUGAACCAAGGGAAAAAAAGCCCCGCCAUACAUCGACGAUAAGAGGCGAGGAGGUUGUAAGGGACUUGCUGGAAGGGCACGUACAAAAUUGUCGGGUAGCAUUUAGGAUGGAGGCCCACAUCUUCAGGGCUUUGGCUAGUUUCCUUCGACGCGAGAGAUUGGUGCGUGAUACCAGACUUAGCGUCGAAGAGAAACUUGCAGCCUUUCUGUGGAUGCUGUCCCAUAAUUCCUCAUACCAGGAUCUCCAAGUACAGUUCAAGCAUAGUAAUGACACUUUCCAUAACGUCGUGAAUAACUUUUUCAACAUCGUUCCUGCACUAUCCAAGCACUUUCCGAAGCCUCCCAAUCCAGCUCAAGUACAUCCAAAGAUCCGGAACAACCCAAGAUUCUUUCCUUAUUUUCAGAAUUGUCUUGGAGCUAUUGAUGGGACUCAUGUUCCCAUGAACAUUAAUGGUGACAUAGCCACACCAUUUAGAAAUAGGAAGGGAACACUUAGCCAGAACGUGAUGGUGGUGUGUGACUUUGACCUGAACUUCACAUUCAUUUCUUGUGGUUGGGAGGGCUCUGCGACUGAUGCUAGGGUUCUUAGGUCAGCAAUUCGCAAAGGGUUUAGAGUACCUGAGGGCAAGUUCUAUCUUGUGGAUGGUGGGUACGCAAAUACUAAAUUCUUUCUUGCUCCGUAUCGUGGUGUUCGAUACCAUUUGAAGGAGUUUGGCCGUGGUCACCGAGCACCCCAAAACUACCAAGAACUGUUCAAUCAUCGCCAUGCCGUGAUACGGAAUCAUAUUGAACGGGAUUUGGGAAUCUUAAAGAAGCGCUUCCCCAUUCUCAAGGUUGGAACACAUCACACAAUACAAAACCAAGUCAAGCUACCGGCUGCUGCUGCAGUGUUGCAUAACAUCAUCCGUAUGCACAAGGGGGAUGAGAGUUGGUUAGAUAACCAAAGAGAACUCAUACCUGCAGCAAACUAUGUUGACCUACCUGAUGGUGACCCCCCACAAAAUCAUCAAGUCAACCAUGAAGGCGACCACCUUAGAGAUACCAUUGCGCAACAAAUGUGGGCAGAUUACCGACGUUAAGUAGUGAUGUAAUAAAGUAGUGACAUCUGAACUUAUUUGAUGUAAUAGGGUA